AUGGCGCAACAACAGCAGGUCGCCCUUGAGCGACUGGAGCACAUCACUAGGAGCCUACGUUCUCGUGUCGGAGAUGACGUGCGCAAGCGGGCUGCUAUUCAGCUCCGGGAGCUCGUCGUGGUGUGCCACCGAGAUCUUGCGCAGGAGCAGUUCCAUGCAUUUUAUAACGCAGUGAACAAUAAAAUUACUCAGCUUAUAACGCAUGGCAGCGAUUCGGCCGAACGACUAGGCGGCAUUUAUGCGCUGGACGCUCUUGUCGAUUUCGAUGGCGUCGAUGUUGCCGCAAAGUACACACGUUUCACGCAAAACAUCAAAACCAUCCUUCGAGGCAAAGACGUAAACCCUAUGAAACCAGCAGCCAUCGCUCUGGGUAAACUGUGCCGCCCUGGAGGUUCCCUUAUUUCCGAGCUGGUCGACUCCGAAGUCAACACCGCAUUGGAGUGGCUCCAAAACGACCGCGUUGAGGAGCGUCGAUACAGUUCCGUUCUCGUCCUUAGAGAAUUGGCGAGAAACGCACCGACGUUGAUGUACCAGUAUAUCCCGACCAUAUUCGAUUGGGUCUGGGUGGGACUGAGGGAUCCUCGACAGCUUAUACGGGAAACGUCGGCGGAAACGGUCAGCGCCUGCUUCCGCAUCAUUAGGGAACGCGAUCAGGAGAUGAAGCAGCUUUGGAUGAGCAAGAUCUACAACGAGGCAAGGCAGGGCCUCAAGAUUAACACUGUCGAGUCUACCCAUGCCUCACUCUUGGUCUUGAAGGAGCUUCUCGAGCAAGGAGGCAUGUACAUGCAGGACCACUACCAAGAAGCUUGCGAGAUUGUCUUCAAACACAAGGACCACAGGGAUCCAACCACGCGAAAGACGGUGGUGUCGCUUAUUCCGAACCUUGCCAGCUACUCACCGGCCGACUUUACGCUUUCCUGGUUACACAAGUUCAUGGUGUACUUGUCAGGCAUGCUCAAGCGCGACAAGGAACGAAAUGAUGCCUUCCUUGCUGUCGGAAACAUCGCAAACUCCGUCAGGAGCGCUAUUGCGCCAUAUCUUGACAGUGUGCUCAUAUAUGUCAGGGAAGGGCUUAGCGUUCAGUCGCGGAAACGGGGUUCGGUAGAUCCCGUGUUUGACUGCAUAAGUCGCCUGGCCGUAGCAGUUGGCCAGACCUUGAGCAAGUACAUGGAGGCUCUCCUGGAACCCAUAUUCGCCUGCGAUUUGACCCCGAAACUUACUCAGGCGCUCGUGGACAUGGCUUUCUACAUCCCCCCGGUGAAACCCACUAUUCAGGAGAGGCUGCUCGACAUGCUCAGCGUCGUCCUGUGCGGCGAACCCUUCAAGCCACUCGGCGCUCCUCAGCCGAACACUCUGAGCUCCGUUCCCACCAUCAACAAGGAUGUCAAAGAUCCCCAGGCGUACGAGAAUAGACGCUCAGAAGUCAAGCUGGCACUUAACACGCUCGGCAGCUUUGAUUUCUCUGGACACAUUCUGAACGAGUUUGUCCGCGAUGUGGCUAUAAAGUAUGUGGAGGACGAGGAUCCCGAGAUUCGAGCGGCUGCGGCAUUGACCUGCUGUCAGCUCUACGUUCGUGAUCCCAUCGUCAACCAAACUAGCUAUCAUGCUCUCCAGGUUGUUGGCGAUGUCAUUGAGAAGCUCUUGACUGUUGGCAUCUCGGACCCCGAGCCCAACAUCAGACGAACCGUCUUAGCAGCAUUAGAUGAGCGCUUCGACCGACACCUGGCAAAGGCGGAAAACAUUAGGAUUCUUUUCUUUGCCCUCAACGAUGAAGUUUUUGCGAUUCGAGAAGUUGCUAUAUCCAUUAUUGGUCGCUUGGCAAGGUUUAAUCCCGCCUACGUCAUUCCUUCGUUGCGAAAGACUCUCAUCCAGAUGCUUACGGAGCUCGAGUUCUCGGAGGUGGCGCGAAAUAAAGAAGAAAGUGCCAAGCUACUGAGCCUUCUGGUGCAAAAUGCUCAGACCCUCAUCAAGCCCUACGUUGAGCCCAUGAUCUCGGUCCUUCUGCCCAAGGCCAGUGAUCCCAGUCCCACGGUUGCAGCCACCAUCUUGAAGGCACUCGGAGAUCUGGCAACCGUUGGUGGGGAGGAUAUGUUGCCAUACAAAGACCGCCUGAUGCCGUUGAUUAUAGAUGCACUCCAGGAUCAAAGCUCAAACAUCAAAAGAGAGGCGGCACUCAACGCGUUGGGCCAGUUGGCCAGCAACUCUGGCUACGUUAUUGAGCCAUACUUGGAUUACCCCCAAUUGCUCGAGAUUCUGCAGGGCAUUAUUCGAACAGAAGACCAAAGGGGUCCUCUACGGCAAGAAACCAUCAAGCUCAUGGGCAUCUUGGGAGCCCUAGAUCCGUAUAAACACCAGCAGGUGGAAGAACGCACGCCUGAGAUUCAGCGGCGCGUUGAAUCGAACCAAAUGACGGACAUUUCCCUCAUGAUGACAGGGUUGACACCCUCUAACAAGGAGUACUUUCCGACUGUCGUCAUCAACGCUCUCCUGCAAAUCCUCAAAGAUCCAUCCCUCGCCCAACACCACGCAGCGGUUAUUGAAGCCAUCAUGAACAUUUUCCGAACGCUAGGCUUGGAGUGUGUUUCAUUCCUGGACCGCAUUAUUCCCGCGUUCUUGCAGGUGAUUCGAUCCUCCGCCUCGACCAGGUUGGAGUCGUACUUUAACCAGUUGGCUACUCUGGUCAGCAUCGUCCGUCAGCACAUUAGGAAUUAUCUUCCCGCCAUAACCGAGAUACUGCAACAAUACUGGGACACGUCACCAUCAUUGCAGACGACUAUUCUGUCUCUGGUGGAAGCCAUUUCCCGAUCAUUGGAAGGAGAGUUCAAAGUUUACUUGGCUGGUAUCCUCCCGAAUAUGCUUGGGGUGCUCGACAAGGACUCCUCUUCCAAGAGGAUCCCAUCAGAGCGAGUCUUGCACGCCUUUCUGGUUUUUGGUGCCAGCGCAGAGGAAUACAUGCAUCUUAUAAUACCCGUCAUAGUGCGCACGUUUGAGAAGCAAGGACAGCCCGUCUUUAUCCGGAAACAUGCCAUUGAUACCAUUGGCAAGAUUUCCAGACAAGUCAAUCUGAACGACUUUGCCGCCAAGAUUAUCCACCCGCUCACGCGAAUACUUGAUGCUGGCGAUCCCAGCCUUCGAGUGACAGCCCUUGACACACUCUGCGCGUUGAUUCAACAGUUGGGGAAAGACUACUUGCAUUUCAUGAGGACUGUGAACAAGGUGAUGAAUCAGCAUCAGAUCCAGCACCAAAACUAUGAGCUUCUCGUGAGCAAGCUUCAGAAGGGCGAGGUUCUGCCGCAGGAUCUCACGUCCGAGUCGCGGUUCAACGACAAUGCGGACGAAACGCCCUUUGCGGACCUCGGCACCAAGAAACUGGAAAUGAAUGCGAUUCACCUGAAAGCGGCGUGGGACACCAGAGGCAAAUCAACAAAGGAGGAUUGGCAAGAGUGGCUUCGUCGGUUCAGCACCACUCUGCUGACAGAGUCGCCGAAUCACGCUCUCCGUGCUUGCGCAAGCUUGGCUAGCGUAUAUUUGCCGCUGGCUCGCGAGCUCUUCAAUUCGGCAUUCGUCUCGUGCUGGAGCGAGCUGUUCGAGCAGUUCCAGGACGAGCUGAUCCAGAACAUUGAGAGCGCAAUCAAAUCCGAAAACGUGCCUCCAGAUCUACUGGGACUGUUAUUAAAUCUCGCCGAGUUUAUGGAACACGAUGACAAGGCCCUCCCCAUAGAUAUCCGAGUUCUCGGACGAGAAGCCGCAAGGUGCCACGCGUACGCGAAAGCCCUUCACUACAAAGAGCUGGAGUUUCUGCAAGACCAGAGCAGCGGCGCCGUCGAGGCGCUCAUUGUCAUCAACAACCAGCUGCAGCAAUCGGACGCGGCCAUUGGCAUUCUGCGCAAGGCCCAGCUCUACAAGGAGGGCAUCCAGCUUCGGGAAACGUGGUUUGAGAAGCUGGAGCGAUGGGAGGAGGCCCUGGCGUUUUACAACAAGCGUGAGCGAGAGGUACCUGCGGACCAGCCCACGCCCGUCGAUAUUGUCAUGGGCAAGAUGCGGUGUCUUCACGCUCUCGGGGAAUGGGACGCGCUCGCCAACCUCACCGGCAGCACAUGGGCCAACUCUGCUCCCGAGGUGCAGCGAAUGAUCGCUCCGCUGGCCACCGCUGCCGCAUGGGGCCAGAACAAAUGGGACCACAUGGACAACUAUCUGUCGUCUCUUAAACGGCACUCGCCAGAUAGGUCCUUUUUCGGUGCCAUCCUCGCGCUGCACAGGAACCAGUUUCGCGAAGCCAUUACCUGCAUCGAGCAGGCACGUGAGGGUCUGGACACGGAACUGAGCGCCCUCGUCAGCGAAUCAUACAACAGGGCGUACCAGGUUGUCGUUCGCGUCCAGAUGCUAGCGGAGCUGGAAGAGCUCAUCGUGUACAAGCAGUGCGACGAGAAGAAGCAGGCUACCAUGCGCAAAACCUGGGAAACCAGAUUGCAGGGAUGUCAGCGCAACGUCGAGGUCUGGCACAGAAUGCUGCGCCUCAGGGCCUUGGUAAUCUCGCCAGCGGACAACAUGCGCAUGUGGAUCAAGUUUGCCAACCUCUGCCGUAAAUCCGGCCGCAUGGGUCUUGCGGAAAAGUCGCUGAAGCAGCUCAUCGGCAGUGACGCCCCGCUGGAGGCCAUGAUCCCGUACUGGCCGGAGAGCAGCAGGAGCGAGAGGGCAGGGUCCGCGCCGCCCAGAAGCAUUCCUGCCCAGGUGAUUUACGCCAUGCUCAAGUUUGAGUGGGAACUGGGCCAGCAACCCCCGGCGCGCGGGGAGGGCAUCUCGGAACGGACUCUUUACUGCCUGCAAAGGUUCACCAACGACACCACCCAUCGGCUGGACGUGGCCAAGGCUCACCUCGCCGCGCAGGCGGGCAGCGUCGAGGCCAACCUCCCCACCGACUACGGUUUCCAGGGCCCAAUAGAUCCGUCACUCAUGAGCCCCCAAACUCAGCGAGCUCUCCAUGACCAGACGGUGCUGCUGGCCAAGUGCUAUCUGCGGCAAGGGGAAUGGCUCAUUGCCCUCAACAAGGACGACUGGCAGCACAUCAGGGUGCAGGAGAUCCUGAACUCGUAUUCCCAGGCAACAAAGUACAACCCGCGGUGGUACAAAGCCUGGCAUGCGUGGGCUCUGGCAAACUUUGAGAUUGUCCAGACCUUGUCCGCCAGAAACGAGAGCCAGCUGUCGAGGGCUGACCAGACGGUGCUUAUCGAGCACGUUGUACCCGCCAUUCAAGGGUUCUUCAAGUCGAUUGCCUUGUCAGCGGGAAGCUCGCUCCAGGACACCCUUCGCCUGUUGACCCUGUGGUUCACGCACGGCGGCAGCUCGGACGUCAACUCGGCCGUCAUGGACGGCAUCGCCAACGUCUCGGUCGACACCUGGCUAGAGGUGAUUCCGCAGCUCAUUGCCAGAAUCAACCAGCCCAACAAGCGCGUCCAGCAGGCGGUGCACAACCUCCUGGCCGACGUGGGCAGAGCCCACCCCCAGGCUCUGGUCUAUCCGCUGACCGUCGCCAUGAAGUCGUGGCAGAACACGAAGCGGUCAAGGUCCGCAGCGCAGAUCAUGGACAGCAUGCGACAGCACAGCGCCAACCUGGUGGCACAAGCCGACGUCCUCAGCCACGAGCUGAUUCGCGUGGCCGUGCUGUGGCACGAGCUUUGGCACGAGGGUCUGGAGGAGGCGUCGCGACUCUACUUUGGCGACCACAACAUCGAGGGCAUGUUUGCCACGCUGGAACCCCUGCACGGCCUCUUGGAACGCGGGCCCGAGACCCUCCGAGAGGUCUCGUUUGCCCAGGCUUUCGGCCGAGACCUGAAGGAGGCCCGAGAAUGGUGCCAUCAGUACGAGAGCUCCAAGGAUGUCAACGACCUCAACCAAGCCUGGGACCUCUACUAUCAGGUGUUUCGGAGGAUCACCAGGCAGCUGCCGCAGGUCACGAGCCUGGAGCUCACGUACUGCUCGCCCAAGCUGCUCAACUCGAAGGACCUCGACCUCGCCGUGCCCGGGACGUACCGUAGCGGCCAGCCAGUGGUGAGAAUCAUGUCGUUUGACAGCACGCUCAGCGUCAUCAACUCGAAGCAGAGGCCGAGGAAGCUCAUCACGCACGGCAGCGACGGUGUAUCGUACGCCUUCCUCCUUAAGGGCCACGAGGAUAUUCGUCAAGACGAGCGCGUCAUGCAGCUCUUUGGCCUCUGCAACACGCUGCUGGCCAACGACUCGGAAUGCUACAAGCGACACCUCAAUAUCCAGCGAUAUCCCACGAUACCGCUGUCGCAGAACUCGGGGCUCUUCGGCUGGGUGCCCAACAGCGACACGCUGCACGUCCUCAUCCGCGAAUACCGCGAAAGCCGCAAGAUCCUGCUCAACAUUGAGCACCGCAUCAUGCUGCAGAUGGCUCCCGACUACGACAACCUCACGCUGAUGCAAAAGGUGGAGGUCUUUGGCUAUGCCCUCGACAACACCACCGGCCAAGACUUGUACCGCGUGCUUUGGUUGAAAUCCAAGUCCUCCGAGGCGUGGCUCGAGCGACGCACCACCUACACGCGGUCCUUGGGAGUCAUGUCCAUGGUGGGCUACAUUCUCGGUCUCGGCGACAGGCAUCCCUCGAACCUGAUGCUGGAUCGCAUCACGGGCAAAAUCUUCCACAUCGACUUUGGAGACUGCUUCGAAGUCGCCAUGAAGCGGGAAAAGUACCCCGAACGUGUUCCGUUCCGGCUGACCCGCAUGCUGACCUAUGCCAUGGAGGUGAGCAACAUUGAGGGUAGCUUCCGCAUCACUUGCGAACAUGUGAUGCGGGUAUUGCGAGAAAACAAGGAAAGCGUCAUGGCUGUCUUGGAAGCGUUUAUCCACGACCCUCUUCUCACGUGGCGACUUACCAACGCAGCGUCGCCCCCGGGGCCUAAUUUCCGCUCGGAGCGCGAAGUAGAGCUUGCCGGCCCGGCAGCUGCUCGCGCUCGACGACACUCCAUCCUAGACGCGGACGUGGCGCCUUCGGAGCUGCUCGCGCACGGCGAACCUCUGCCGCUGGCCGCUCCGACCUCCAGGUCGAGAGCUCGCACGAACAGCUCGGCGGCGGCCCCGGACGGCAAUGCCCUCAACGGUGGGCAGGAAGCCGAGAGCCAGAACGCACGGGCUAUCGAAGUUUUGGACCGUGUGCAGCAGAAACUCACGGGGCGAGACUUUAAGAGCAACGAAGAGCUGGACGUCAUUAACCAGGUCAACAAGUUGAUAGUGGAGGCGACCAAGCUGGAGAACCUAUGCCAGCACUACAUUGGCUGGUGUAGUUUUUGGUAA